AUGGCGAGCUUUGACGUCAAGGAGAUCGUGGACGAGGCGUACCUCUUCCUCUACCCGCUGGUGCUGAUGGACAUAACGCGGCUGCAGAACUGCUCCGUGGACAAGUGGGACGGCAUGGGCCCCAAGGCGCCCAUGAAUCACUGGGGCCACUUUCGGAUAUUUCCUCCGCUGACGUUCAAGGAGGUUGUGCGUCCCAACUUUGACACCCUGUACUCCAUCACGUUCCUGGACUUGUCCGACGGCCCCAUCGUCAUGCACAUCCCAGACAGCGACGGCCGAUACUACCUGAUGCCCGGGCUCGACAUGUGGACGAACGUGUUUGCGGUGCCCGGCUGGCGCACGACCGGCACGGGCGCGCAGGAUGUCGCCUUCUGCCCUCCGGGCUGGUCCGGCUCGCUGCCUCCGGGCGUGGUGAAGUCGGAGUGUCCCACCAAGCUGGUUUGGUUCAUCGGCCGCACAAAGACUGACGGCCCGCCCGACUACGACGCAGUGCACAAGUUCCAGGAUGGCAUGGCGCUCACCUCCCUGGCGAGAUGGGGAGAGCCAGUCGAGGCGAUGCAGGUGAAGAAGCUGAGCGCACCGAGCUUUGUGGACCUGAAGGCUGCGCCGCUCCAGCAGAUUGAAAAGAUGCCGGGCGAGCAGUUCUUUGCGUACGCAGCUGAGCUGAUGAAGGACUCGCCGCCCCUCCCCACCGACUUCAGCCAGGUGUCGCGCAUGCGGCACAUCGGCAUCGUCCCGGGAGAGAGCUUUGCAACAGACGGAUUGAGCGGCGAGCUGUUGGCAGCCGUCAAGGAGGCGCCAGCGGCCGGCCAUCGAGCGAUGCGCAUGGCGUACGCCGCUCUGGGCGCCAAGAGAGCAGAAAACAACGGCUGGUCCAUGGCCAUCAGCCCCUGGGUCUUUGGCUCGUUUGGCAUCGAAUACACGCAGAGGGCCAUGAUUGCGCUAGUAGGGCUGGGAUGCAACCAGCUUCAAGAUGCGAUCUACCCGCAGCUGUUGACCGACUCUGCAGGCGAGCCGCUGAAGGGAGGCGCCGCCAACAAGUACACGGUUCACUUUGAUGCCGAGCAGCUCCCUCCCGUCAAGGCCUUUUGGAGCUUUACCCUCUAUGACGCGGACGGAUUCGCGGUGCCCAACUCGAUGCAGCGCGCCACGCUCUCCAGCUGGAUGCCUCUCGUGUACAAUGGAGAUGGCUCGCUCGACCUCUACUUCCAGACCGCCUCCCCCGGCGACGACAAGGAAAACAACUGGCUUCCGACGCCUGAGGAGAAGGGGUGGAACCUCACCCUCCGGUUGUACGCACCCGAGCGGCGCGCGCUGAAUGGCUCCUGGAUCCCGCCCCCGGCAGUGAAGGAGUAG